AUGACAUUCACCCUGGCAAUCACGCAAAGAAACGCUGAGGAAUUUGAAAAAAAGGUGAUUGAUCUUUCAACUCCGGGACAUGCAACCUACGGCCAGCAUAUGAAAAGGGAAGAAGUGAAUGAGUUCCUGCGCCCACAGCUAUUCGUCUUAGAUCGAGUUUACGCAUGGCUGAAAUCAGAGAAUGCGCCUGCCUGCUCGAUCGAAGAAGCAGGCAACUGGAUAACAUUCACAGUCCCACUUGCCCAGGCCGAGAAAAUGAUGAAGACACAAUUUUUCUACUUCCAUCAACAUGCUCAGACAAAUACCGCCAUUCGAACUCUGGGUUAUUCGGUACCUCGUGAUAUACAUCCUUAUGUCCAGUUGAUUCAACCAACAACUCGAUUCAGCAACCUAGGGUCCCUGAAAAUGUCACUCGUCCAACCAAAAAUGGCAAGCUCCGAAGACUUGGCCGCUGGAUGCCACAGUAUCAUCACACCAGCCUGCAUUCGAGACCUGUACGGCAUGGGAAACACGACCACCAGACCGAAUCGGCACAACAUCCUUGGGAUAUCUGGUUACCUAGAACAAUACGCUCGAUACAGGGAUUUCGACCAUUUCAUGGCUCAAUACGCUGCGAACAAUACGAGCAACUUCACCGUGGUCUCAAUUCAUGAUGGACAGAACGAUCAGAACUCUUCAUCUGACAGCACUGAAGGAAGCUUAGAUGUGCAGUACGCCAUCUCCAUUGCAGAUGAAGUGAGAGCAACUUUCUAUACCACCGCUGGACGAGCUCCUAUGAUCCCAGAGAUUGGCCGGCUAGGUGGCGCCGGGUCCACAAAUGAGCCCUACCUCGAACAGCUUCAUUAUCUGCUCAGUCUCUCGGAUCACGAGCUCCCAGCCGUGCUGACAAAUUCAUACGGAGAAGAUGAGCAGAGUAUUCCAGAGUCAUAUGCAAACGCAACUUGCAGUCUGUUUGCCCAACUCGGCGCCCGCGGUGUCACAGUGCUGUUCAGCAGUGGGGAUUCGGGUCCUGGAGAUUCGUGCCUGAGUAAUGACGGGCAGAACACAACCAAGUUCCUACCUGAAUUCCCAACCUCUUGUCCAUUCGUCACGUCAGUUGGAGGAACGCACGGCAUCGGUCCCGAAACUGCAAUUUCCUUUUCGGGGGGAGGAUUCUCGGACCUUUUCCCACGGCCAACGUACCAGGACACUGCCGUGACUGGCUACCUCACUAAACUUGGGGAUCAAUGGAGCGGGUUAUACAAUCCCCAAGGAAGAGGAAUUCCUGAUGUAGCAACACAGUCGAGUAACUUCGUGGUUCGAGACCAUGGAAAUUGGGUAUUGGUCAGUGGUACAAGUGCAUCGGCGCCAGUAUUCGCAGCUGUAGUUUCUCAGCUAAAUGCUGCUCGUCUUGCAGCGAAUUUGCCUCGCAUGGGCUUUUUGAAUCCAUGGAUUUAUAGUGUUGGGCAACCUGGGUUCGCGGACAUUGUUCGAGGUGGCUCCACUGGCUGUGCUGGGAAGAUUAGUGGUGGCAUCAAAACACCUCUGGUGUCAGGUGCAAGCUGGAAUGCCACCGACGGGUGGGACCCUGUGACAGGACUGGGGACGCCUCUGUUCCAGAGACUUGUCCAGAUAGCAUUGUCUUGA